AUGGACGAUGAGAUGCUACCCAAACGACUCUUCUGUGGAGAUGCCGUGGCGGGUUCACGCCGACAAGGAGGUCAAGUCCGGCGCUACAAUGAUACUCUGAAAACCUCCCUUAAGCACCUGCAGAUCAACCCGGUAAACUGGACAGACUUCGUCCGCGACCAACCUACGUCAAGUAAAACAAUGGAGACAGGCGCAGCAAUGUUCGAAGCUAACCGCAUCACCGUCGCCAAAGCCAAACGAGAAACAUACAAAUCUCAGUUGUCGCCGCCACCGUUUCCCAACGCCAACGCCCGGCCGACUCCAACGUGUCCACCAUGUCAACGAACAUUCCGAGCGCCAAUUGGACUUGUUGGACACCUCCGGACCAAUUUUAGCACACGGACUGCACCAACCGUCGUCCCUCCGUCAACCUCUCCAUUGCCUCCCGCGCCGUCAGCUAACGUUGACCGCCCUCGUCAACCACCGCUGCCGCCUUCAUCCUCCUCUUCCUCCUCCAACGCCACCACCUCAAUGUCUGCCGCUGUGGCGUCUGCCAUGCCCAUCAACACUACACACAAUCCUGACACACCAACAAACACCAACAUCAUCACCGUCAACAGCGGUGAUGAGGAUCCGGUCUAUGCAUGA